AUGCGCUUUCAUACAAUUGCUGCUGUUCUUGUCUCCGUUGCCACGGCCCAAGCCGCUGUGGCUCAGGGUCAGCCUCAAGCGCUCACACCUCGAGGCGGACCCGUCUUCGAAGAGCUAGUCGAGAAACGAGAUGGGCCCUUCUCCUUGCAAAAGCGAGAGUGCAAGUACAAUGGAUGCAAAUGCAACAGCCGCGGAUUGCAGCUCACUAUCUGUGGCGCAUGCAAGUAUGCCGACACCAAGAAGUAUGCCAUCUCUGCUAAGAGAGUCGACAACCACAUCUAUGAGUGCUCUCCUGGUGGGAAAUGUUGCGACUAUGGAUAUGCCAAGGACUGUGGCAAGUCCAAUCAGCGGUGUAUUAUUAAUUGA